AUGUCGCUCGGGUUGGGCGCCAAGCGCGCCGAGGAGGAGCUGCAGAGGCAGCUGCGCGCCCUGCAGAGGGAGAAGGACAACAACAGGUGCUUCCACUGCGAGAGCCGCGGGGCGCCGUACGUCGUCUUCUUCAAGCCCGGGGUCCGCCUCUUCGUGUGUACGGACUGCGGCGCGGAGCACCGCAACUUCCCGGGCCACCGGCUGAAGAGCGUCAGCGCAGCGAAGUUCGACGCCACUGAAGUGGAUGCGCUGAAGGAGGGCGCCAACGGCCUGAUGGCCGCGACCUACCUCGCCAAGUACGACCAGAGCUGCUCUCCGCGCCGUCCGCAGCGCGGCGACGCGCACGCGGUGAAAACCUGGAUCCACGUUGUGUUCGAGAAGAGGAAGUUUUUCGACGCAAGCGGCGCAGCGAGGUACCGCCGCGACAGCAGCUCCACGGUGGCAAGCGGGCCCACGUCGCGCUCGGACCGCGCGCUCCCGCCCAGCGCGCCGCUGCCCCCCACUUUGGCGCAGCAGCGCACGCCGCCGCCCAUCGCCGCUGCGCCGCCGCCGCGGGACCUCCUGGACUUCAACAGCCCCACGCCCUCGCCGCACAAGCCCGCCGCGCCGGUGCCCGGCGCAUGGCGCGCCUUCGACGUCGCAACGCAGCAGGCCAAGCCGAAGCGUCCUUCCCCCGAGGAGAUCCUCGCGAUGCAGAUGCAGCAACUCAAGGUGGGAGGCGCACACGCGCCCCGCGCUGGCGGGCCGCCGCCGGGGGGGAGUGCGCCGCCGGCGAGCCAAGGCGCGCCGGGGUACCCCGCGCCCGUCGGCGGGGCCGCACAGGCCGCCGGCAGCCGCGCCGCGCUGCCGGAGGACAUGUUUGGCCCUGCGCGGCCUGCGGCGGGCGCAGCAGGGCCGCUGCCGCACGGGAUGUUUGCGGCGCAGGGGGGCGCGGCAGCGCACCCGGGGAUGGGCCAGGCGCAGCCUGCGGUGCCGGCGCAGGGCUACAGCGGCGGACCGUUUGCGCAGCCGCCGGGGGGGGCGCCGUUUGGCACACCCCCGGGGGGGCUUGCUCCGCUCGGGCAGCCCGCGGCGUCCGCGAACGGCGGCGCGCCGUUCGACAGCGGGCCUGCGCAGGGCGGGGGCGCUUCGAACCUCGCUGCGGCGGGCCUCGUGGGCGCCGGGGCGUUCUCGCUAGCACCCGCCAACGGCGGCAUGGCUGCGGCGGGGGCCUCGACGGGCGGCGUGGGCGCGGACCUUUUCUCGGAUCUCGGGCCGAAGCUGCGGAACGUGAACCCGCAUCCGGGCGAGGUGGGGGCGCCUGCGGCGCGCGGCGGCGUCGUAGCGGCGCCCGUGGUCAAGAAGCCUGCGCCUGCGCCGGCACCCGCGCCGCCGCCCGCGGUGCCCAAGUCCGGGAAUCCGUUCGCGUGA